AUGACCAAGGGACAGCAGGUCGUGGUUGACUUGGAAAACAACUUCCAGAAAGGUGGACCCACAGUGACCUUCAGCAACCUGCACUACUGCGUCCAGGAGAGCAGAUGUUGUCGAAAGAAAUGUCCAGAAAAGUACAUCUUGAAAGAUGUCAGCGGCAUCAUGAGACCUGGAAUGAACGCCAUCAUGGGUGCCACAGGAAGCGGUAAAACAUCGCUUCUGGAUGUGAUCGCCGGGAGAAAGGAUCCAGCCGGACUCCGUCAAGGGAGUGUCCUGGUAGAUGGGAAGACUGUGACCUCUGAACUCAGGCUAACUUCUGCUUAUGUAGUCCAGGAUGACAUUUUAAUGGGAACACUGACUGUUCGAGAGAACCUACUCUUCAGCGCCAACCUUCGUCUGGAUCCCAGACGACACUCAUCUGCAGACAAAUGUGGACGAGUGGAUGCCAUCCUUGACGAUCUGGGACUGACUGACUGUGCAAACACCAAGAUCGGAACCGAGUUCCUGCGCGGUGUCUCGGGCGGUGAGAGGAAGCGUUGUAGCAUUGGAAUGGAACUCAUCACCUCGCCUUCUCUGCUCUUCCUGGACGAGCCCACCACGGGCCUGGACUCCAACACAGCCAACUGUAUCAUUGGCUUACUGCACAAACUGUCCAGGCGAGGCAAAACGGUCAUCUUCUCCAUCCACCAGCCUCGCUUCUCUAUCUUCAGACGCUUUGACCACCUGACACUGAUGCACAAAGGCGAGGUGGUAUAUGCGGGAGCAGCCCAAAGUACCCUCCAAUACUUCACAGACCUCGGUUAUCAAAUUGAGUCCUUUGACAACCCUGCUGACUUCUUCAUGGACGUCACCAAUGGAGAAGCCAAGUCAACCUUAGAGGAAAUCAAUACAAGUGAGCGCAAGAACCUCCUGGCAGUCAAGUAUUAUCAGUCACAGCUGGGUCAAAACAUGCUACAUGAGCUGGAGUCCAUGAAUCUUAGUGUCGGGGAUGGGGUCAAAGCUCAGGAAGCAGCGGCUGAAUACGCCACUUCCUUCCUCUACCAGAUGCGAGUGGUGUGUGGUAGGACUGUUCUGAAUACUCUGAGGAACCCGCAGACAUCCUAUGCUCAGCUGGCUCUCAACAUUUUCUUUGCUAUCCUUGUGGGCCUCAUUUAUUACCAAAUGCCUUUAACCCUGCCCGAAGCCUUACAGAAUAGGUUUGGCGCCUUUUUCUUUCUCAUCAUCAACAUGGUUUUUGGGAAUCUCUCCGCCGUGGAACUCUUCAUCAAUGAGAGGGCUAUCUUCAUCCACGAAAACUCCAGUGGCUACUACCGCACGUCUGUCUACUUCCUAUCCAAGAUCUUUGCCGACCUCAUCCCCAACCGCAUCAUCCCCAUCUUAAUCUUUUCAUCGAUUGCCUACUACAUGAUGGGGCUGAAGUCGGCAUUGACAGCCUUCCUGUGCUUUGCGCUGACCAUGUCUAUGGUCAGCCUAGCAGGGGUUAGCUUGGCCUUCCUGGUCUCAGCCAGCGUGUCGUCCUUCGCUAUGGCUAACAUCCUCAUUGCACUACCCUUUGUCUUCAUGAUGGUGUUUGGCGGUUACCUGGUCAACCUUAAUGCCAUGCUGAGCUGGCUCUCUUGGCUCAAAUGGAUCAGCAUCUUCAGAUAUGGACUCAAUGCUGCAUUCAUCAAUGAGAUGACAGGACAGUUUUUCUAUGCCAACAACACCAUUGUCCCGGGUGAGUUGUUUCUCUUAAGCCAGGACAUCGACUACUCCACAUGGGGCUUCUGGCAGAACCAGGUUGCACUUCUAGGGAUCAUAGUGAUCUGCAUGGUCCUUGCAUACAUCCAGUUGCGUAGGAUCAACCGAUGGAAGUGA